GCCCGGCUCGCUCCUCCUCUCACGGUGACAGGCGGGCGGCCACGCCGAACGCUCCCAUGUCCGCCUCGCCUUCUUUUCCGCCACCUCCGCUGGCCGUCCGAGAAGCUGCGCACCGGGAACACAUGUUGAAGCCUCCCAGGUCCCUUUAGGGCCCGCAGAGCCGCGUCACCCCAAUCCGCUUCCUGGCGUCCGGGUCGACCGGGGACCAUGUGACCACUGGAAGUACCCCCGCCCCCCCGCACCCCACCCCACCCUACCCCACUCAGCGUCGAGUGACCCGGCUGCGAUGGGAGUCCGAUUCGGCUCACGUUAACAGGCACCCGAGCUCGGUCACAAUGCUUCUGUUUUUGGUGGCAACCACGACUUCAUCGAAUUCCAGUGGCAACGGCAACCAUACACAAGAGGGUGUCCCGUCCACCGGCCACCAUGUCCUCCCCACCGUGCUGGUCCUGUCCCUGCUGCUGCUCAUCAUCGCGCUGCUGGCCUGGUACUUCCUCAGUUUUAGGUUAAAAAAACAGAGGAAAGCAGCGGUCACCACAGUGGACAAGAAGAUACCAAAUGGCAUCCAGGAGGAACAAGACGCGACGGUGGUCCUCCUGCCCAGGUCCGCUUCGGCCGCCAAGAACUACCCGCCGCUCGCCGUGGAGCACCUGGAGGACGAGUACAGGCUGCGCUCGGCCGACGACGGGAAACUCUUCCGGGAGGAGUACAACUCUCUGCCGGGGGGCCACGCCCACGGGGCCUACGAGGAGGCCAACAAGGACGACAACAAGGACAAGAACAGAUAUCCCAACAUUCUUCCCUAUGAUCACUCCAGGGUGGUGCUGACGCAGCUGGAAGGAAGCUCCGCCUCCGACUACAUCAACGCCUCGUACAUCGACGGUUUCACUGUUAAAAACAAGUUCAUAGCAGCACAAGGUCCGAAAGAGGAAACGGUGGCCGAUUUCUGGAGGAUGAUUUGGGAGCAGAAAGUGUCGACGGUCGUCAUGCUGACCAACUUGAAGGAGCGCAAGGAAGACAAGUGUUCCCAGUACUGGCCGGAUCAGGGCUGCUGGACCUACGGGAACGUGCGCGUGGCCGUGGAGGACUUCACCGUGCUGGUGGAUUACACCAUACGCAAGUUCUGCAUCCAAUACUCCAGCGACGCCGCCAAGACGCCGCGGCCGGUCACGCAGAUGCACUUCACCAGCUGGCCCGACUUCGGCGUGCCCUUCUCGCCCAUCGGGAUGCUCAAGUUCCUCAAGAAGGUCAAGGCGCUCAAUCCGCAGUUUGCCGGGCCCAUCGUGGUCCACUGCAGCGCCGGCGUGGGUCGGACCGGCACGUUCAUCGUGAUCGACGGCAUGAUCGACAUGAUGCACGCCGAGCAGAAAGUGGACGUGUUCGGCUUCGUCUCCAAGAUCCGGGAGCAGCGCUCGCAGCUCAUCCAGACGGACACGCAGUACUCGUUCAUCUACCAGGCGCUGCUGGAGUACUACCUGUACGGGGACACGGAGCUGGACGUGUCGUCUCUGGAGGGCCACCUGCACAAGCUGCACAACACCUUCAACCAGGGGGACCGCGUCGGUCUGGAGGAGGAGUUUAAGAAACUGACCAACAUGCGUAUCAUGAAGGAGAACAUGAGAACGGGGAACCUGCCCGCCAACAUGAAGAAGAACCGAGUGCUGCAGAUCAUUCCGUACGACUUCAACAGAGUGAUUCUCUCCAUGAGGAGAGGGCAGGAGUUUACGGAUUACAUUAACGCAUCCUUCAUAGAUGGAUACCGGCAGAAGGACUACUUCAUCGCCACGCAGGGCCCGCUGCAGCACACCGUGGAGGACUUCUGGCGGAUGGUGUGGGAGUGGAAGUGCCACUCCGUCGUCAUGCUCACCGAGCUCCAGGAGAGGGAGCAGGACAAGUGUUGUCAGUACUGGCCCGCCGAGGAGUCGCAAACGUACGGCGACUACGGCGUGGAGACGAAGGCCGACGUCUUGUGCGACGCUUUUAGCCUACGAGACCUGGUGCUCACCUUCCUGCCGGAGAAGCAGACGCGCGCCAUCCGCCACUUCCACUUCCACGGCUGGCCCGAGGUGGGCAUCCCGGCCGAGGGGCGGGGCAUGAUCGACAUCAUCGCGGCGGUGCAGCGGCAGCAGCAGCAGUCGGGCAACCAUCCCAUCGUGGUGCACUGCAGCGCCGGCGCGGGGCGGACCGGUACGUUCAUUGCACUGAGCAACAUCCUGGAGCGCGUCAAGGCCGAGGGGCUGCUGGACGUCUUCCAGACUGUCAAGAGUUUACGCAUGCAGAGGCCGCACAUGGUCCAGACCGUGGAGCAGUACGACUUCUGUUACCGGGUGGUACAAGACUUUGUGGACAUUUUCUCCGACUAUGCCAACUUCAAAUGAGCUGAUUCUUUGCCUUAUCAACGUUGUUAUUAUUCUCUCUUUUUAAAUUUUUUUUUUUCUAAAGCCGGUCAGUAAAUGAUCAAUUUUUUUUUUUUUUUUGCUAUGCACUCCUCGUCCUAACGUCAACUAAACCUCCGUCCUGCCUGUAUGAUACAGUACAUAAAAAGAAUUGUACAUGGGUUUUAAAUAAAAGAAAGUGGUAAUUUAUAUUUUGUGCUAUGUAUGUAUAAUAAUUGUCUCUUUAUUUUGUUUCUCCUCCCGUUGUAUAAUACCGUAUUGUACUUUGGAAUGGUUAUGUCCGUGUAAUAUUUUUGAAAGUUGUAAAUGUAUUUAUGUAGCGAAAGCCACCUUUUAUGAUUAUUUCCCAAACGUUCCAUUGUGUGCUCGCAAAAUGACGCUUGAAUUGUCCUUUUGACUCUGCUACGGCGUGUAAGACCCCCCACCCCGCCCAUUUUUAGGGGGGGGGUGGGGGGCAUACCUGCUUUCUUUUCUUUAAUAAGCCAUGAUUUUAGUAAAGUCAGAAUUUUGAUU